AUGCUCGGACUAUGGUCUUUCCUCUUGCUGCCAGUGGCGCAGACUGUGCAAGCAGCAAUGAGCAUUGGGGUAUCGAGCUCCCAAGCUACAAAUCCAGCUUCCUAUGCUGUUGAUGGAAACUCCAGCACAUUCUGGCAUAGCGAAUACAGCCCUGUUCUUGUUCCUUUUCCACACGUAAUAUACCUUGACACAGGCUCAGCACAAAUUCUCAAUGCUUUUACCUAUACACCAAGACAAGAUGGUAAACGCAAUGGGAACAUCGGUGACUACUCGUUGGCUGUCAGUACAGACAACGAGACUUGGUCAACUGUUGCGACUUCCACUUUCCAAGACGACGCUACCAAGAAGACUGUAGGGUUUACAAAUACACAAGCUCGAUAUUUCCGCUUGAAUGCUACCAGUGAAGCUGGAAAUCGUGGUAGUUGGACCAAUGCAGCGGAAUUCGGUUUCUCAGUCGCCCCUAUUGCUGUUGGGGGCUUGGGACAAUGGGGUCCAGUGAUUAAUAUGCCACUUGUUCCAGUUGCUGGUUUUAUCGAGUAUUCCACAGGGAACAUAUGGACUUAUGCAGCAUACAGCCCUCUGGCUUUUCAAAUAGGUCUACAUGGCUACACUAUCUCGGCAGUGUACAAUCCUACGACAGGUGCCAUAUCUUCAGCGAAUGUUUCCAACACCCAGCAUGACAUGUUCUGCCCUGGUAUGUCUUUGAUGUUUGAUGGACGUGCUAUUGUCACAGGAGGAGAUACCGCAAACAAGACGAGCAUAUAUGACUCUGCUACCGAUCAGUGGGUAGCAGGACCCGUUAUGAAAGUUCCUCGCGGUUACCAAUCGACCACUACAACAUCAACAGGAAAGGUUUUCAACAUCGGCGGAUCUUGGAGUGGUGGCUAUGGUGGAAAAAAUGGAGAGAUUUAUGAUCCAAGCACCAACACAUGGUCCCUGCUAUCAGGCUGCCCAGUAAAACCAAUGCUCACUGCUGAUGCACAAGGUGCCUUCCGUACCGACAACCAUGCAUGGUUGUUCGCUUGGAAGAAUGGAUCUGUAUUCCAAGCUGGUCCAAGUAAAGCAAUGAACUGGUACGGAACGACUGGUACUGGAUCUCAAGUCGCUGCAGGACUUCGCGCUUCUGAUCCAGACUCCAUGUGUGGAAAUGCAGUCAUGUAUGAUGCAGUCGCCGGAAAGAUCUUCACAGCCGGUGGAUCUCCUAGCUAUCAGAAUUCGGCUGCGACCAACAGUGUUCAUCUGAUCACAAUCGGAAGUCCCAACGUUAAUCCUACAGUCCAAACUCUGACACCAAUGACAUACAAACGAGCUUUCGCAAACGGCGUCGUGCUACCAAAUGGGAAGAUCUUUGUGAUAGGAGGCCAACCAUAUGCAGUUCCAUUCACAGACACAGAUGCAGUGUUGACACCGGAAUUGUGGGAUCCCACAACACAAAAUUUCACAAUCUUACCUCCUCAUGCCAUCCCAAGAACAUACCAUAGUAUGGCUCUUCUGAUGCUCGACGGAAGGGUUUUCACGGGAGGUGGAGGAUUGUGUGGAUCCAGCUGUGCCACAAAUCACGCCGAUGCACAAAUAUACAGUCCAGCAUAUCUUUUCACCGCCAAUGGAACCGCCGCAACGAGACCCGUUAUUUCAUCCGCCACUUCUACUGUUGCCAUCGGUGGAACACUCACAAUUGUUACCGACACCGCUGUAACCAGUUUCUCAAUCACUCGAUUUGGUUCAGCAACCCAUACUGUCAAUACUGAUCAGCGACGUAUUGCCCUCACGCCUAUUACAACAAGUGACAACACUUACACCUUUACCAUCCCUAAUGAUGCAGGAAUUGCACUCCCAGGAUACUGGAUGUUCUGGGCCAUGACUUCUGCAGGCGUACCCAGCGUCGCAUCGACCAUCAAAAUCACACUCUGA